GGGAAACUUAACUCUCAGCUCAGAGUCCAGGGCAGCAGGGAGUUAUAUAGCCGGAGAGAGAACAGGAGCCUCCGAGGAACCUACUGACUGGAAAUGCUUACGUCUGACAGAAUCGGAGCAGAGGUCAUUAACUAUCGCUGGCUCAGUAUCUGUUCCCAUUCUAACCAUCUGGUUAUGAACCUUCAGGGCCCCGGCGGCAAUAUCCGAGUGCCUGCUCCGCGGCCAACAUCUCCAGCCACUCGUCUCCUGGGAAACAUGAGGGCUCCGACCAUAAGGGCAUAAAGCACCUCCCGGAACAGCGCCCCCAGCAGGACAUUCCGUAGAUACCAGACAUGGGGAUCUACCGAGAGAUCACCAUGACGGCAACAAGUGCAGAAAACAAGAGCGAGGGUCUACAUCAGAAAUCUACACGCUGCUGUCAUCCAUUCAAUAACAUUAAGGUGUUCGUGCUGUGCCACGGGUUCCUGCAGCUCUCGCAGCUCCUCCUCUCCGGAUACCUGCGCAGCUCCAUCUCCACCAUCGAGAAACGUUUCGGGAUUUCCAGCCAGACGUCGGGAAUUCUCUCGUCCUUCAAUGAGAUCGGGAACACGGUGCUGAUUGUGUUCGUCAGUUACUUCGGGAGUCGGGUGCACCGGCCGCGCUUUAUUGGCUGUGGCGCUAUUAUCGUCUGCGCCGCCGGGUUCCUCAUGUCUCUGCCGCACUUCAUUAUGGGCCCUUACGAGUAUGACAAGUCCGUGGCAAGUCUUCUCAGCAACGUCACCGACAUCUGCCAGCCUAACGGACCAAUCAAAAGCUCUGAUAAUGACCAAUGUGUGGAGGGCGUCCAGAAGGCGAAUAAGAAUGUUCUGUUCAUUCUGUUCCUGGGACAGAUCCUGCUUGGCAUCGGCAGCGUGCCCAUCCAGCCCUUUGGCAUCUCCUACAUCGACGACUUCGCCAGUAAAAGAAACUCUCCCCUUUAUAUCGGGAUCCUGUUUGCUGUGACCGUGAUGGGGCCGGGAGUGGCGUUUAUUCUCGGUUCCGCCAUGUUGCGCUUCUAUGUUGACAUUGACAAGCUUUCUGCCGAUGAAAUCACGCUUACACCCAAAGACCCCCGCUGGAUUGGCGCUUGGUGGCUCGGCUACUUGGUGGCAGGGAGCGUCGUCGCCAUCGCUUCGAUACCCUACUUUAUAUUUCCAAGGGAAAUGCCAAAACAGGGCCCCAGUGAGAAGCCGGAGGAGCCAAAGCCCAGCCUGAUGGAUGAGAUCAAAAGUAAAACUGAAGAAAAUGAAAAGCUGACCCUGUCGCAGUUCAUUAAAGUGUUUCCUAAGGUUCUGUUCCGGACGGUGAAAAAUCCAGUCUUCAUCCUUAUAGUUCUUGCUCAAGGCAACAUGUCAGCCAUGGUGUGUGGGCUGGCGACAUUCAUGGCUAAGUUCCUGGAGAGGCAGUUCUCUAUCACAGCCUCCUUGGCCAACCUGCUAAUAGGUUCUGCCAACAUUCCGGCCGCCAUGUCUGGCAUCGUGUUGGGAGGGAUAAUAAUGAAGAGGCAUCGCUUGACUCCCAAACAAAGCGCAUUGAUGUGCGUCAUUGGGUUGAUCAUCUGUAUUUUCACCGCCAUUCCUUUAGUUUUCCUUGGAUGCUCCACACAGCAGUUUGCAAGUCCUCGUAUGGACCACCAGGGCAGUUCGGGAAUCUGGCAGAACGUGAGCGAAUGUAGCGGCGGCUGCCAAUGUUCCAGCGCGGCCUUUAACCCCGUGUGUGGCACCGACGGCGUAGAGUACAUCUCCCCGUGCUACGCCGGCUGCGGGGCUGUACAAUUUGGGGAGUCGCCGACAGAAGUGCUGAACUACACGAGGUGCACCUGUAUCCCUGCAGCCGGUUCGGCCAAACCUGGCUCAUGUGGCACUGUCUGCGGCCAACUGUUAGUGCCAUUUAUGGUGCUGUCCUGCCUGGCUGGGGGCCUGGCUAGUAUGGCUCAGACUCCAUCCUUCAUGCUCAUCCUCAGGAGUGUGAAACCUACAGACAAGUCACUGGCUAUUGGAAUACAGUUUAUGUUGCUGAGGAUUCUGGCUUGGCUCCCGGGCCCCGUAAUGUACGGCAGCGUGAUUGACAGCACCUGUAUCCUCUGGGGGCAGAAGUGUGGGAAGAAAACCUCCUGCCAGUAUUAUGACAAUAAUCUCCUGAGACAAAGGUUCAUCGGGCUGCAAAUCCUCUUUGAAAUUGGGGGGCUCAUAUUCUUCACUGCAGUUUUCUUCGUGUUACGGCGGAGAGAAAAAGUAAGUGCAGAGAAAUCAAUGAGAGAGAACCCGGAGACGCACGCCCUGACGCAAGAAGGCGCCAAAUACUGAGAUGGGGGGCUCGGCGGGAUGCAAAUGCACAAUCACAAGAUGGCUUCUUCCGUUAACCGCCAUUUUGUGCCUCUCGCUUAAGGAGACACGGACUCGCCAAGUUCCGUUCAUUCAUAGUGGCUGGGGCCCCUGAGCGGCCAAUGACAUUCCCUUAUAAUGUGACCCAAUGAGCCCCUUUGUAACAGGGCCACGGACUUCUAUUGGCUAUUGGUGGAAGGAUGCACUUCUUUUGUAUAACGAGCAGGAUCUUUUUUUUUUUUUUUAAAUAUUUUGUCUUUAAACGUCUUGGUGUAACGAGUAAAUAUUUGUAAAUAAGUCGAUAAAACCCGAGCGAGUU